AUGCCAGCAGUAAACCUCUUUUUACAUCUCUGCCUUCCAGAUGGUGGGCUACAACCACGAGUCGACGAAUUUCGACUACGGAAGAAAAAAACGCGUACCGUCUUCUCGCGGAAACAAGUCUUUCAGCUGGAGUCCAUGUUCGAGGUAAAACGGUAUCUUUCGAGCUCCGAACGCGUCUCCUUGGCACAGGCUCUGCGGCUGACCGAGACACAGGUCAAAAUUUGGUUCCAGAACCGGCGUAACAAGUGGAAACGCCAGCUAUCUACCGAAUUAGACGACGCAGGUGGGUUGGCAGGCACCGCAUCUGGCUCCUUUCCUCAUGCGGAUGAAAAUCUUGCCGCCUAUCAGUACCGCAAUACGCAUUCGGAGAGUCUGACCUCACGUGGCUCAGAUAUAAACGAACCAACAGAAACUCCCGGGGACAUUUUCCGUGUUCCCAAAUUAGAGGAACCAAACUUGCAAACUUUUCUGUAUGCACCUCAGGCGGGCAGACAGUCGGCUAUCACAAUGCCCUGGUUUCUGCCGCCCAUGGGCCUUCAACUUUCGCGUUUAGAGUUCCCACCCAGAGGACCUGCCUUCCCAACGAUGUAUUCAUCAUCUACGCCACAUGAAUCCUCCGACGCUGGAGUCCUAGGACGGAUUACGCAAGCGGAGAAUGUGUCGGGUUUGUCUACGAUCUCUGUUCCCACCGCCUCAAAGGGCUUCUGGCAGUAUCUAGAGACUGCAAGCCCACUAUCACUACUGCAAAUUCAGGUUCGGGCAGAGAAACCGCAACUGCGAAAACAAUAG